UCAACUGACCUCUCCGAAGACUUUUCAAGUCAUCGAUCCAUACAUGCCCUACAGCCGGCUAGUAUUUGAUCUCUGUCUUUCGCCUUUGUUUUGUGUUUCUUAUAGAGAAGAUCGGAAAUUUGUGCCAACUACCUCUUCUCUGCGUCUUUCUCACUGACACAAUGAGCACCACGCUCUUACCAGUACUUUUUACCCCUCUCUGUCUUGUCUUCUUGCCGCACUUCCUGGCAAGCACCAUCGCAGGUGACUCGCCGUCUCCUAACACUCCGAUCGAUAACAUCCUCCUCAACUGUGGUUCCUCUGGUAAUUCAACUACAGCAGAUGCUCGGACCUGGAUUGGAGAAGUGAGUUCAAGAUUUCUCCCUCUUGAAGUAUCAAAAAACCAGCCAUCUCUUUCCGCUAGUGCAGUUGAACAAUCCUCCACUGCCGCAAAAGUACCCUUUGAGACUGCCCGGCUCUCUCUUUCUCCGUUCACUUACACAUUCAAAGUCACUCCCGGCCAAAAAUUCCUCAGACUACACUUUUACCCAGCUUUCUACUCCACCUUUGACCGCUCUAAUGCCCUCUUCUCUGUCGAAGCUGGUCGUUUUACUCUUCUUAGAAACUUCAACGCUUCACUUACGGCAGAUACCGAUGAGGAUCCCGGCAAUACCUUAUACAAAGAAUACUGUGUCAACAUUGAGGAAGAUCAGAGGUUGAACAUAACCUUCAUUCCAUCUUCGAGCGUAUCUAACGCCUAUGCUUUUAUCAACGGAAUUGAAAUCUUGUCGAUGCCUACUAAUCUAUAUUACACUCCCGCUGAAGAAUAUUUUCCUUUCAUAGGCCAGCAGAACCGGUAUCGCAUCAAAGAAAGCACUUCUCUCGAGAUGAUAUACAGAUUGAAUGUAGGAGCCCUCAUAUCACCCGCUAAUGACACUGGAAUGUUCCGGGAAUGGAGUAAUGACUACGAGUACUUGAAAGAACACAAAGUACUUUUUGAACCUUCAAAUGAAACUAUCAAACUCCGGUUUACCAAAUUGGCACCCGCGUACACUGCACCAGAAGAUGUCUAUCGGACUGCCCGAAUUCUGGGGAACGACUCAAUAAUCAACCUGAGCUACAAUCUCACCUGGGAAUUCCCUGUUGACUCUGGGUUUGAUUACUUCAUUAGGCUUCACUUCUGUGAGUUUCAACCCAAUAUUAUUGAAGUAAAAGACAGAACGUUCCGUAUUUUCAUAGCAAAUCAAAUCGCCGAGGAAAAAGCCGACGUAAUUUUUUGGAGUGGUGGAAAUGGUAUGCCAGUGUAUAAAGACUACGCGGUUUCGAUGAUAGGUAAAGGAAGCGACAAGAGAGUGAACCUCCAUAUCGCAAUAGGAGCAGAACCGCAAAAGUGGGAGACCUCUCUCCAAGAUGCAAUCUUGAACGGUGUCGAAAUCUUUAAAGUAAGCGUCAUUGACAGUCUCGCCGGACCAAACCCCGAUCCACUUCCUCCAAACUCUCCAAGGGUUUCGCCACCAAGACAGUCAACGACGAGCUCGAAGAAAAAUAGAACAACAAUAAUUGCCGUUACCGCGAUUGGAGUCUCCGGAUGCAUUGUACUGUCGAUUCUCGUAUUCUUGAUUUUCCAGAGGCGCAAGGGUGACGUGGAAUCAGGCUUCACUAACAGGACUACCUGCUGGGGUCUACUUUUGUUUACUACGACCGAGUCAACGAAUACCCGGAGGUCAUAUUUACCGUCCGCUCUCAGUCGUUGCUUUUCAUUAGCGGAGAUUAGAGCAGCAACAAACGACUUCGAUGAUCUUUUGAUUAUUGGUGUGGGUGGUUUUGGUAACGUGUACAAAGGGUACAUUGAUGGUGGGAUCAACUCUGUAGCGAUCAAGCGGUUGGUACCUGGUUCUGAACAGGGGGCUCUUGAGUUCGAGACCGAGAUAGAGAUGCUCUCACAACUCCGUCACCAGCAUCUUGUUUCUCUGAUUGGCUAUUGUCACGAUCGCAAUGAGAUGAUUCUCGUGUACGACUACAUGGCCCAUGGCACCCUCCGCGGUCAUCUUUAUAAUAGCAAUAAUCCUCCUCUCUCGUGGAAGCAGAGACUUCAGAUCUGUAUUGGUGCAGCAAAGGUUUUGAACUACCUGCACACAGGUGCAAAGCAAAUGAUCAUUCAUCGUGAUGUGAAAACGACAAACAUCUUAUUAGAUGAGGAGUGGGUGGCCAAGGUAUCCGAUUUUGGGUUGUCCAAAAUGGGACCCACAAGCGUGUCUAAGACCCAUGUCAGCACUGUUGUCAAGGGUAGCUUUGGAUAUUUGGAUCCAGAAUAUUACAGACGUCAACAAUUGACAGAAAAAUCUGAUGUAUACUCAUUCGGUGUCGUGCUGUGUGAAGUGCUGUGUGCAAGACGACCCAUAUUCCGUACUGCAGAGAAGAACCAAGUGAGCCUUGCAGAAUGGGUUCGACAAAGCUCCCGGAAUGGAGAGUUUGAUCAAAUUAUUGAUCAAACUUUGAAGGGUCAAGUUGCGCCCGAAUGUAUGAAGAAAUUUGGUGAGGUCGCACUGAGUUGUUUGCUUGACAAUGGAGUGGAACGCCCGUCGAUGAAUGAUGUAGUGUGGAGCCUUGAGUUUGCAUUGCAAUUGCAGGAGAGUAUUGACAAAGUUGGCAGGCUUGAUGUGGCUGGAAUGGAGAGGAAUGAUGUUGUCAAGUACAAGAGCAAUGAUAGUGGUAACUUAUUUAGUGGUAGCAGUUGGAAAAUGUCAAGUACAACCAGCAACAGCGAGAUGAGCACAAGCAGCAUUGGAGAGCAAAGUUUUAGCGGCAUCAGUAAGGAUUCAAAUAAAUGAUGUCUUCUAUAAGCUGGCUUUGUUUUUUGACAUUAUGAAUACAUGCAUGAGGACAGUAAUUAGAAUGGUACUUGAUGAGAAUUGAGGCAGAGUAUCUCACAAAAUUAGUUUAAAGGGACUGAAAUUGUGAGGAUUUUA